AUGGCAUCGCACCGGAAUGGAUGUGUCUCGGCGGGCCUUGAGCCAACGCCCGAGAAUGAAAUCGAGAGACAGGCAGUACUGCAAGAGCCUAGCGAAGAGCAACCUUUAUUGCGAUCGAAUCCUGAGCCUGCGGCCUGGAGGCCUCCACCAGGAUUCACUCUGAUCCAGAUCGCGAUCAUGGCCAAUGUAUUCCUGGGCGGGUUCGACGGCACCAUCACCGCCUCAACCUAUGCCGUGAUCAGCUCGGAGUUCAACGCUGCAAACACUGCUUCGUGGUUGACCACUUCGUACUUGAUCACAAGCACGGCGUUCCAGCCUCUCUAUGGACGAUUCUCGGACCUUCUCGGUCGCCGCUCCUGUUUCUUCGCUGCAACCAUCACCUUCAUGGCUGGUUGUUUGGGAUGUGCCAUUGCCCCAGAUGUAAUCUUUUUGAACGUCAUGCGCGCUUUGACCGGUAUCGGAGGAGGUGGUUUGAUGACUAUGGCAACAAUCAUCAACUCUGAUCUCAUUCCCUUCCGCCAGCGCGGCAUGUAUCAGGCGAUUCAAAACGUCUCGUAUGGCUUCGGGGCGAUCUGUGGGGCCUCUUUCGGAGGCUCUAUUGUUGACUCGAUUGGAUGGCGCUGGUGUUUCCUGCUGCAGGUUCCCGUGUCAUUGUUUGCUUUGGUCAUGGGCUAUGUCGUCUUGAAGUUUCCAGUGCGCAGCACUGAACUUUCCCCCGACCUGCCUAAACGGGGCCUUUGGCAGCAGAUUGAUGUGCUAGGUGCCUGCUUGCUCAUUCUGGCUCUGUCGGCUCAACUCGUGGGACUCAGCCUCGGAGGCAAUAUUCUACCCUGGAGUGACAUCUGGGUCAUUCUGCCGUUAGUCGUCAGUUUGGUAUUGCUGGGUGCAUUUUUCAUUGUUGAAGCGCAGACCUCCGCGGUGCCUUUGAUUCCCUUGAAGAUGCUACGAGGAUCCCUCGCUGUAUCCACGCAGAUUGCCAAUGUCUGUGUGGGUAUGGCAGCAUAUGCAUAUCUCUUUACUCUCCCUCUUAUGUUCCAGGUCAUUCUUCUCGACUCACCCAGCAAGGCUGGCAGGCGACUAGUCAUCCCAUGUCUCGCCACGCCACUGGGUGGUCUCCUCGCCGGGAUUGUCAUGUCCCGUUGGGGCAAACUAGCCUACCUUGUGCGUACUGGUGCAGCUCUCAUGCUCGUCGGUAACCUUCUAGUCGCGCUUCUGCGAUUCCGUGACUCAGAAUGGAAGUACUUCGCAUUCGUGAUUCCUGCCAAUCUGGGUCAAGGGAUAGUAUAUCCUGGUAUCCUGUUUACGUUCUUAGCGGCCUUUGACCACUCCGAUCAUGCCGUCUCCGCUUCAACCGUCUAUCUCGUCCGCUCCCUCGGGAACGUUUGGGGUGUCGCUGUGACAUCGACUAUCAUGCAGAAUACACUAAACUCAGGCCUCGGGGAGGCCUUGAGUGGAAUACCAGACAAAUGGAAAGUGAUUGACGAGAUCCGUCAUUCGGUGUCGGCUAUUUAUGAUCUUCCCCCCGACGUACAAAUGGCCGCAAGGUUGGUGUACUACCGCGGCAUCAGGCUCUCCUUCAUGGCGUCCGCGCUCUUUGCACUCGGAGCGACCGUCGCCACAAUUUUCGCCCGUGGAAAGGGGCUGGAGCGCGCGGGCGGCAAGUAG